ACAGCAGAUACAAAAUGUCCAAAACAAUCAUCGUCACUGGCGCUUCACGAGGCCUCGGCCUCGCCAUAUCAAAAUACCUCCUCACCACCACCCCACCAAACAACAUCAUCGCUCUCGCCCGCAGCGCCGAACCUCUACAAGCCCUCAAAGCCGAAUUUCCUCACAACGUCGAAUACAUCGCGGGCGAUCUGACAGACCAGAGCAUCAGCGAGAAAGCGGUCGAACUAGCACUCACUAAAUUCAGUGGGAAAUUAGAUGGUCUCGUGCUGAAUCAUGGGGUGUUGGGUCAGGUAGCGGUUAUAGAGAAGGCGGAUACCGAGUUGUGGAAGGAAGGGUUUGAUGUUAAUUUGUUUAGUCUGGUUGCUUUUACAAAAGCAGCUCUACCGGCUUUACGCAAAUCUCACGGUAAAGUCAUCUUUACAUCUUCCGGAGCAGCGGUCUCGGCAACGACAGGGUGGGCAUUAUACGGCGCUACAAAGGCUGCUCUGAACUAUUUUGCGUUGGCGUUAAGUCAAGAGGAGCCAGAUGUGACUUGUGUAUCCGUGAGGCCGGGAAUGGUUGACACGGAGAUGCAGCGAGAAAUUCGCGAGGAUCAUGCAAAGAAAGGGGAUGUGCCUGCUGGGUCGUUUACGAGAUACGAAGAGGCGCAUAGAGAUGGAAAGUUGUUGAAGCCGGAACAACCGGGGAAUGUGAUGGCUAGGCUAGUGCUAGAUGCGCCGAAGGAGUUGAGUGGGAGGUUUAUAUCAUGGAACGAUAAGGACCUCGCCGCAUUCCAGGACUAAUGAACGAAUCGAGUCAGCAUAGAUCAUAUAGAAUGGACAAUCAAUUGUGACAUUAAACAAUGACAUCAGCCGAAAGAUGAAAAGCAGAUACACAUUAUAAGCAUUAGAUGCAAGCACCUUCAUACUUAGCAUGGAA